AUGCUCACCACCGCAAUACUGUUCCUCGCCUCCUCGGCAGGCCUGGCAUCAGCCGACUUCCUGAACAAGCGACAAUCUACGAAUGGAACGACUCAAGCAGCAGUGGUUGAUGCUACAUACGACGGGCAGUGCUUCUACCCCAAACCCACCGACAACUUCGACCUCACUAGCUACCUGGGACGCUGGUACCAAGUCGCCGGCACAAUUGCUCCCUUUACCGCCAACUGCAAAUGCAUUCGCGCCGACUACGCCCUAAACGACAACGGCACUGUGAAUGUCCAAAACGCCUGCGAAGCCCAAGGCCAAGUCGUCAACAUCGAAGGCACAGCAACCCCCGUCUCGCAAUAUGCCGGUUACGGCCACGUAGGUGUGCUACGAGUGCAGUUCCCAGGCCAGCCAGCGCCGGACUGUCCAGGACCGAAUUACAUCGUUCAGGACAUUGGAAGUGGAAGUGCGAACGACGAUUGCCAUGACAUUGAUGCUGCGAGGGAUGAUUCUUUUGCGAUUGUGCAGGCUAGCAAUUUUUCGACGUUGUUUGUGCUGAGCAGGAUGCAAGCGCCAGGCAAUGCAAGCAUUGAGGCGUGGUUGAAGAGAGCGGAGAGGUUGGGGAGUGAUUUGAGUAAUGUUGUGGUUACGGAUCAGAGUGGGUGUCAGUCCUCGUAA